AUGGAAAUUGUAGGAUAUGCAGCAAGAGGAUUAGAAAAAAGAGAUCACACUCGCAUAUCAAAGGUUUACCCUGCAGGAAGUUGCAAGCAGUUUAUGCCAAUGGCUUGGAACAAGGACUGGAAACCAGGGCCUUAUCCUAGAACUAAAGAAGAGAGAAUUGCAGCUGCAAAAAAGUAUAACAUGCUUCCUGAAGAUUAUGAACCAUAUCCAGAAGAGGAAGGCUUUGGUGAUUAUCCUAAAUUUGAACCUGUGCAUAUGGAAUUUCGUAAUUCAUUUGAAGUGUAUGAUUUUCAUUCUUUGAAAAGAAAUUAUGGUGAACCUAUUCAUCCUGAUUUUGAUAUGUAUUUAGAAGAUAAAAUAAAUUUCCAGCAAGAAAUGAGGACACCUCUCUGGAAACAAUUUUUAUAUCUGGGAAGUUUUGUUACAAUAAUUAGCUUCAUUUGCAUUUAUGAAUCAUUGUAUCCACCAGAUAUAGGCGUGAUUCCAAAGCAAUAUCCUAAUUCUGGAGUAAAGCAUUACACUUUUGAACCAGCUGUUUGAGGCAAAUUAGACAAGGAUACAUCAAAAGAAGAUUUCCUGAUAAUAUUUUGUAGAUAGAAAAUAAAUUGAAUGUUAUUUUUUCUCAAAAUUAUCUUUGUUUUCUGGUAGUCUGUAUAAAUCAUAAUUUUUCAUUGAAGUUGUAAAAAACUCAAGUUUUAUUAAUAUGCAAAAUAAAAAGUACAAAAAACU